AUGAAUGACAAUGUUCCGAGGGGUGUGUCCAAUUCCGGUGCGGUGUUGAGCGGUGCUGGUGGUAGUGGCGGCAUUGGCGGUGGGUCGUCGCCGGCUGGGAAUAGUCGGCGGCCGGCCUCUGCCGUGACUGCAGCGGCUGCAGCCGCAGCGGAGCGCGCGUUGCUGGCCGAUGCGGUGGCCGCGGCGAACCCCGAGACGCGCUCGCCGUUUGCUAGCCUCGGCGACGCCUGCGACAGGCUCCUCCCCUUCCACGUGUUCGCGGAUUACGAUCCUGCGCUCGUCAACCUUCACUCCUCAACCGACCUCGCGCCUUCCGCAUCUAGCGCGUCUACAGGCUGUUCCGCCCUCCUCCCCGCGUCCCACCCGCCUCCCCGCAACCCUCCCCGUUCUGCAGCAGCCGCGCCCGCUGCGCCCCCCGCCCUCCCCGCAGCCGGUGGUUUAGGGGGAGCGCGCGGAGGGGGGGAGGCGGGGGCGGGGGCUGGCGCACAUGCCAGUGGUGUGGGGAGCGGGUGGGGGGGAGGAGGCGGAAAGGGAGACGGGGGAAAGGUGGGAAUGGUUGGUGAUUUGAGUGGCACGAGUGAAAAGGUUCGAGGAAAGGAUGGUUUAGCGAACGAGGGAGGGGAUGGGGAGUAUGAGACCAAGGCUCGCGCUCUGCUGGAGAAGCAACGGCAGCAGCAGGUGGUGGCGGCAGCACGGGAGGCAGAAGCUGUGGAGGGACGGAGUAUGUCUCUGGUGAUACGAGGUGACGAGGUGGUGGGGCGGUGGGGGCGGAUGCGGGACGGGUGGCGGGACGGGGAGGCUUUGCGGGGAGCGGAGCAGCUGUUUCUGGCGCGGCUGCUGGUGAACCAUGAGACUGCUCUGCUUCGGAGCGAGGUGGAGGGUGUCGAGAGGGAGAAGCAGAGGGUGAAGGAGGAGCGGGAGAGGGAGAGGGAGAGAGUGCGAGAGAGGGAGAGGGAGAAGGAGACGGAAGUAGAGCAGUGGAAAGAGCGUGCGGAACUGGAGAGGAAGAGGAAGUUGGGGGAGGUGGAGGCUGAUGAGAGGGGGCGAGUGGGAGGAGGAGGAGGAGUAGAUCUAAAGUUUGAUGAGAAGGGGGAGAAGGAGGUUGAAGAGACGGACGAGGAAGGUGGGGAAGAAGGGGUGAAGGAGGAGGACGACGAGGAGGAAAGUGAGGAGGAAAGCGAGGAGGAGGACGAAGGGAAAGACGAUGAGGAGUGGAAUGAAAAAGACAUGGAGGAGGAGGAAGAGGACGAUGAUGAGGAUGAGGAGGAGGAGGAGGAGGAGGAGGAGGAGGAGGAGGAGGAGGAGGAGGAGGAAGAGGAAGUGGAUGAGGAGGAGGAAGAGGAAGACGAGGGGGAAGAGGAAAAGGUGAAAGGUGGGAAGGAGGAGGAAGAGGAGGUUGAGGGUGGAGAAGAGGAGGUGGAGGAACAAAAGGAGGAAGAGGAAGAGGAAGACGAGGGGGACGAGGAGGAGGACGAAGAGGAGGAAGAAGAGGAGAAGAGGGGUGCAGGGGAAGGCGAAGAGCAGGAGGAGUAUGAAGUGUCAGAGGCAGGGGAGCAGGAGGGAGGUAGGGGCACGGGUGAGCAUGAAGCCUAUGGCAUGGAUGGGGAUGGUGGCAUGCGGAGUGAUGGCAUGGGUGAUGGUGGUGGGGGUGGUGAUGUGGAGGGUGGUGAUGUGGAGGGUGAUGAUGGGGAUGAUGGUGAUAUAGAUGCUGAAAUGCUCUUAGCUUUCGCAGGGGGUGAGGGAGAACGAGAUGGUUGGUGGGACAAGGAGGGUGGUGGUGCUGCUGGUGCUGGUGGUGGUGAUGGCGGUGCUGCUGUUGCGGAAGGGGAACAAGGACUUAUGGACGGGGGAGGAGAGGAGAUGGAGGAGGAAGGGAAAGCUGGGGAUGAGGAAGGGGAGGAUGGGGAGGAAGGAGGGGAUGGAAGUGACCGGCAAGAGGAGGCAGAGGGAAGCGAUGAUGAUGAUGAUGAUGCCGAUGAUGAUGAUGAAGAUGAUGAGGAUGGGGAUGGGGAUAAUGAUGAGGAGGAGGACGAUGAGGGUGAGAGUGAUGAAGGUGACGAUGGUGUUGGUGUUGGUGUUGGUGAUGGUGAUGGUGAUGGUGAUGGUGAUGGUGAUGGUGAUGGCACUGGUGAUGGUGGUGGCAGCAAUGCUGGUGGGGAGUUUGGCAGUGGUGAUUGGCAUACUCAGGCAUCUUGGCAAGACCAGGCGUCGUGGCAAGACCAGGCACAGUGGCAGGAGCCGGGGCAGGGCCAGGGGCAGGAACAAGCUGGGGAUGGAGGGGAUGUUGGGGCGAUGGAUAGAGGGGGAGAGGAGAAGAGUGAGGGGGACGGGGGCACGCAAGGUGAGGGGAGUUACGAAGAAGAGAGUGAAGAGGGAGACAGUAGCAGCGGUGGGACUUCGGAUGAUGAUGGGGAUGGGGAUGGGGAUGAGAUAAGGGACUAUGAUAAUGACAGCGAGGGUGGUGGUGGUGGUUGGAGGGGGUAA